AUGGCCAAAUAUCUCUUCAUCCCCUCUACCGUAGUCCUCCUCUUUUUCACAUUCCAAUGCUCCGAUGCUCGUUUCAAAAACGCGCUGUCUGCCGCGACAGACGAUACAUAUUGCAAAGCGGACAAGUGCGAACUGAAAUCGAACUGGAGCCAGCAAGGUAAAAAGCAUCAAACUCGAGAUUCGGCCACCGAUCACGGUCUGUCUGUUUGUGUGUUUGUGUGAUAGUUCCGGGAGCAGAACUCACGCUUUGUGUGCUCGAAAGAAUGUCAGCUUCCGAGCAGGCAGCAAAAGAAAAGUCUUGCAGAAGUGUGCGAUUACGUGAAUUGUAACGACAACGCGUGCGAAGGCGGCGGAUAUCUUCUGUGGACGCAGUACGUGGAAUGUGCUCCUUCUCCCGCCACUCGGGUACUUUCUCUCCGUCGUUCACUCCCCCGAACUCUCCGUCGUUCAGAUCCUUCUCAUCGUCGUCGGCGUCAUCUACAUGCUCAUUCUGUUUGUGAUGGUCAGUGCGGCAGCCGACGACUUCUUCUCGCCCUCCAUCUCCUCCAUCGUCGCCCAUCUCCGCAUCAGUGAAUCUGUGGCCGUCAGUUCCUUUUCCUUCCCUCCCUCUCAAUCCCUCUCUCUCACUUCCAGGGCGUCACCUUCAUGGCAUUCGGCAACGGCGCGCCCGACGUCUUCGGAUCCAUCGCUUCCGUUCUGAGCAGUCCCACUCCGAAGGCCGACCUCGCUCUCGGAGAGCUCUUCGGAGGCGGCCUCUUCGUCACCACAAUGGUCGUCUCCACCAUCGUGCUUACUUCUCCGUUCGACGUGGAAGUGUUCAGUACCAUCAGAGAUCUUCUCUUCUACCUCGUCGCGCUCUCAUUUCUCGGUUUCUGCUUCAUAUUCUACAAUCGAGUGACUCUCUGGAUGCCCUUAAGUUAGCUGUUCCCCUGUUUCAUUGGAUCAACAAUCAUUUUCCAGCCUUUCUGGGUCUGUACGUUCUCUACGUGCUCACAGUGUUCGGAGCACAGGCAGUACACAAUCGGAAAAGAAGAGCAAUGCAGAAGCAGAGCAGCAUGAAAAGUGUGCGGAGUCAGAGAAGUAGGCGGAGUCUGCACUCGAUAGCUCCGAUUCCCGAGGUUCCGGAGAUUUCAGUACAGGGACAGCGUGAGAACAUAUUCAUUCCUCUAAAGUUCUGUGCCUGAAUACAGUAACUCUUCAGCGCCGCCGUUCCCCGAAAUCUCAGUUGUCACAGAAGCAAUCGACAAACUGAAAGAGCACAUGGCUGAGAAGGCCCAAUCGAAUAGGCGGUACAUAAAAAGAGCGUCGUACAUGAUUUCCGGAGACGGGCACACCAACUCUCUCCAUCCGUAUUCCAACGGACAUUUGGGAGUCUCUCGGAGAGGUUUUACUUUCCUUUCGGCUUAUGUAUUCGAUCAUUUGAUUCUUUCCAGAAAGCGAACUAUCAAACGAGGACGAAGAGUUCGUUGUGAUCCACGGCCACGUAUUCCAAGGCCACGAGGCACGGAGCAGAGCGGCCAGUAUCGUUCCCGAGCCGAGGAGAAUUAGUAGUUGGCAGUCGAGGGAUGUGUUCACCGAUCUGGUUGAACACUUGGAUCCCCGUCCGGAUGACGAUGAAUGGGAAGAAAUGAACAUCAUCUCGAAAGUUCUCAGCAUCAUAAGUGUACUCCUCAACGUUCUUUUACUUGUUUCAAGUCAUUCUUUGCAGACAAUUCCCAUUCUACUAUUCAAACUGACAAUACCGCUGAAUGAGAUGAGUUGGUCGAAGCCACUGGCUCUCCUCCACGCAUUCACCUGUCCCGCCUUCUUAUUAUUCUCACUUCAAUGUAGGUUUCACCAUUUCACUUUGAAAAUUUGGCUCAGAAAAGGAUUGGAAAUAAUCACAUCGGUUCAUUCCAAGCGUUGGGAAAAGUAUUCUUCACUGCCAGUGCGGCAGCACUAACAGCGAAAAGUGUAUCAUAGCAGCAGCCGGCACUUUACGGGUUCCGCUCGCUGCUAUCUUUUCUGUUGCCGCUGGCUCCGCCUCCUUUCCUGCGACCUGAAUAGAGAAAAAACGGAGAGAAUGGUGAAAAGGCAACUUGACUUUUUAGAUUUUUAACGACAAAAUGUAAAUUUUCAAAUUCCUUUCAGUUUUGCUCAAAUCUCCGUUCUCUGGAAGUCCUGGAUUUUGGUUGUACGGAAUGAUUUUCUCGGCCGUUCUCGCUGCGCUCCUCAUCUUUUUCACGGAAUUGGGAGUUCAGCCUAAGUAUUAUAAGGUUUUUUAUCGUUCUGAAUACUGUAAAAUACGUUAAUAACAGGAAUUAUAUUCGUACGCGGGAUUCCUGAUGUCGAUCGCGUGGAUCUAUCUUAUUUCAUCUGAAGUCGUGAACGUCGUGACGAUGCUCGGAGUCGUCUCCAGAAUAUCCCACGAGGUAUCCGCCUGUUUUCAAUUUGUGCUCAGCGUGUACUUCAGGUUCUCGGGCUCACAAUUCUCGCGUGGAGCAACAGUAUCGGCGACCUGAUUGCUGACGUUUCAGUCGUCAAACAAGGGUAUCCGAGGAUGGCAAUGGCCGCAGCGAUCGGAGGUCCUCUGUUCAGUGAGUAGAGAAGCGAAGUGCUCGGGAACCUUUGAAUUUCAGAUCUUUUGAUGGGAUUCGGAUUGCCAUUCAGCAUAGCCAAGUUACAGGGAAAAUAUAUAUCGGUGACGAUUUCUAAUAAGGCUUCUCAUGAUCGCUUUCUAUUUUCAGAUGACUAUAAAUCCGACGUACCGCCUCCUGAUCGUAUUUUUGGCGAUCUCGCUGCUCGCCACUCUGAUAGGUGAGAAACUGUCCGAAAUGUCUGUGAAAACCCCGAUGAUUUCAGGGAUUCCGGUGCAGAAAUUCCGUCUUCAAAGGCCUCAUGCCGCCGUCCUCAUAACCAUUUAUGUGACUUUCAUCCUUUUCGUUCUCCUCUCCGAAACGGGCGUUCUCGUCUGGAAUUAACACUGCCCAUUCUGUACAACUUUCGAGCGUUCCGUUCUCAUUUCGACACGAUCAAAACGGGUGUUUCCUAUGUGAUAAGCUGUAAAGUAUAAAAUAAAAUAUUCGGAAAAUGUUGACUCCCAUCAUAAUCGACGAAUUUUUAUCGCAGACACACAAAAAAAUUUAAUUGCCCCCGCCUUUCUCAUGCGAUUUCCCCUCCGUUUCCCUUUCGUUUGGUCUUGACCAUAUUUUGAUUCGAGCUGAAAUAUUUACAUUCAGAUGAGACUAUUAUUACUUUUUGUUAUCAUUACAUGUGGUUGUUACGGGUGGCAGGCUGACGUGGGGAAGUUGGUUCGGAAGUGGAAGAGCGAAACGGACGCACACUGCGUACUGGACGACGGAGAACAGUGCAGUGUUCAGAAGAACUGGACGAGUUCACGUGGGUUCCACUGGCCAGGACUACGGUAGCUACUGUCAUCGUUCAUUUCAGAAGUUUGCGAGUAUGUGAAGUGCAACGCUGACAACUGCGAAGGCGGCGGAUAUCUUCUGUGGACGCAGUACGUGGAAUGUGCUCCUUCUCCCGCCACUCGGGUACUUUCUCUCCGUCUUUCACUCCCCCGAACCCUCCGUCCUUCAGAUCCUUCUCAUCGUCGUCGGCGUCAUCUACAUGCUCAUUCUGUUCGUGAUGGUCAGUGCGGCAGCCGACGACUUCUUCUCGCCCUCCAUCUCCUCCAUCGUCGCCCAUCUCCGCAUCAGUGAAUCUGUGGCCGUCAGUUCCUUUUCCUUCCGUCCCUCUCAAUCCCUCUCUCUCUCACUUCCAGGGCGUCACCUUCAUGGCAUUUGGCAACGGCGCGCCCGACGUCUUCGGAUCCAUCGCUUCCGUUCUGAGCAGUCCCACUCCGAAGGCCGACCUCGCUCUCGGAGAGCUCUUCGGAGCAGGGCUUUUCGUGACGACCAUGGUGCUGGCAGUCACUAUCUUCAGUCGACCUUUCGUGGCAGAAGUAUGUGUUUAUCACUCUUUUAUCGCUCUUUCUAAAUUUCUUCUUUGUCAGGUCUUCAGUUCAAUUCGAGACAUUACCUUCUAUGUGUUCGCUCUGGCGUUUCUGGCAUUCUGUUUCAUUUUGUACGAUCAUGUCGAGAUCUGGAUGCCUAUCAGUCUGUUCCCUUACUUUUCUAGAAGACCCUUCAUUUCCAGCCUUUCUCGGGAUUUACCUACUCUACGUUUGCACUGUAAUCUGCUCCCAAGUCCUCCAUCAUCGUCAGAAGAAAGUGCAUGAAGCCCGAAAGGAAACAGAAGCGAAGCCAGCCGAUAAUGUGUCGGUCACCAGUGCGGAAGACGACGAAGAUAUCUACGUCAGCCACGGCCACCACGUCCUUCACGCUCACGAUAUUCUGAAGAGCAGAGGGAACACGGUGAUGACGGAGCCGCUGGUCAAAUGGACGGUCCGCGGAGUGAUCGGUGACCUGCAAGAGCACCUGAGACCAUGGCCACAGAAGGAAGAUUGGCACGAGAUGAAUAUGUUCCAGAAGACCAUUUCGGUUGUGAAUGUGAGUUUGAUAGAGAUGGAGAAGAUGUUCUAAGCAGUGCACUUUCAGACAGUCCCGACGUUGCUCUUCAAACUUACGAUCCCUCAGAACGAGCAGCCGUGGUCCGAGCCAGUGUCCCUUCUCCAGUGCUUCACCUGUCCUGUUUUCUUCCUGUUCUGCAUUCAAGGUCUCCUAAUUUCUUUUCUUCAGUUCCUCUCAAUUACCUUUUCAGUCAUCACAAUCUCUCCGUUCACCGGCUCCCCCGGACUCUGGCUUUACGCUCUCAUUCUCUCCGUCCUUUUGGCGGUCUCGCUCUUCUUUUUCACAGAUUUACACGAUGAACCACAGUUCUACAAAGUAUGAUUGUGUUCUGAAGUUGUUUUCUAAUCGGAUUUGUUCAGGGAAUUACUUCGUAUGUCGGAUUCCUGAUGUCGAUCGCGUGGAUCUAUCUGAUUUCAUCUGAAGUCGUGAAUGUUGUGACGAUGCUCGGAGUUGUUUCCAGAAUAUCCCACGAGGUAUCCGCUUGUUUCCAAUUUGUGCUCAGCGUGUACUUCAGGUUCUCGGGCUCACAAUUCUCGCGUGGAGCAACAGUAUCGGCGACCUGAUUGCUGACGUUUCAGUCGUCAAACAGGGGUAUCCGAGGAUGGCAAUGGCCGCAGCCAUUGGAGGACAACUUUUCAGUAAACUCUGUUCCAGUUCUUAUCUUUCCAUUUUCAAGCUUUUCAGAUCUUCUGAUAGGUUUCGGAUUACCAUUCACAAUUGCCAAAAUUCAGGGAAAGUCGAUAUCUGUCAGUACUUUCCCAUUUUUUACAGUUCUCACUAGCGAGUUUCAGAUGCUGAUCAAUCCCACAUAUCGCCUUUUGAUGCUCUUCCUCGGAAUCUCAUUAAUAUUCACUUUUAUCGGUUAGUCAGGCUACGAAGGAACACGCACUAACACCCCGUUUUUCAGCAAUGCUGACUCAAAAGUUCUAUCUCCGACGGGCUCACUCAUUCUGCCUUGUAUUUAUUUACAUCUCGUUUUUUGUAUUUAUUGGACUAUCUCUUGAUAAUGUACUGGUUUGGAAUUGAAAUAAACGGGUUAAAGUUUGCUUUGUCGCGAAAAUGCUCCGAUGGAAGUGCGCUCUAUUGAGAAUGAGGAGACGGAGAGAAAACGGGAAUCGGGGAGUGCGCAGAGAAAAUUACGGUUUUUAGAACGAAUAAUUGGAAACUCUGACAGAAGUCAGAAGAAACAAAUGUUCUGAAGUACAAAAUGGAAGAAACGGAGCCAGGUGAGCCGAAAAGACUUCUAAAAAACUAAAAAGUCUUGAUUUUCAGUGUACACCUACUGCGAAAACGUCCCUUUCAACGAAACCGAAGUGAUAGUGGAAACAACCCCGGAGAGCGACAUUUCAGUAGACGGAGACGUGGAAGUUUACGAAGAACAAGUGGAAAUUGAAGAAGAAAUUGAAGAUGAUUCUUUUUACGUGGAAGUUGUAGAUGAAGUCGAAGAAAAACAACCAAAAGAAUCGAAGAAUCCGCAUGUUAGACGAAGAGAACAGAGAGGCGGUCAGUUAUUCGGUCUAAAAAAUAAAUCCAAAAACGAGAUUCUUCCAGACUCAAUUCGGCUAGGAGUUUCUGCUCAAGAAAUCGAUGUCACAGAAAUUGGAAGAACAUUGAUCAUGGGAGCUGCAGACCACUCACUGAAUAAAGCGCUUCUGGACAAAUCUGUGAAAACGGGAGUAUCAGAAGCCGCCUACCUGGGCGACAUUUCAAUGGAGGCUCUCGUGCACGGACUCAUGUCUCCUACUGCCGCAAUUGUCGAUCCGAGAUUUGCCAUGACUGGAAAUGCGCUGAUGUGGAAUGUUUUGAAAGCAAACAUGCGUGAAGUGAAGACCUCGAUCAUGAUGAGAACGGCUCAGUCGUAUACGGAACCACGCUUCGACCAUUUCGAUCUGACUGCCUCAAACAUUGUAAAUGCUUCGAAAGAAUACGAAAUUCCGCCGACUGGUGUAUUCACAAAUGGCGAUCUGUACUACGUAUUCAACAUGCUCACCUUCCGUCACCACGCUAAGCUUCUCAACAAAACGAAGCAAUUUCUCAAGGCCUAUUUCAUCGUUGCCUGCCGUCCCAGAUGCAUGAUUUGGAGGUACACUCUUCGAAGGACCGGAAACAGUCACAAGAAAGCGAUUCUCAAUUUGCCGAGUGAAAUCGUCAAUGCUCUGUUGCGUAUGAAUUAUGAUAAUGAAAUAACUCACAAAAAUAACUUGGUUUUCAGGCAUUCUUCUCGAUCUGACUGGAAUCGGAAAUGGAUCAACGCUUUUCGAAGACCUCAAUCGAUCAACGCCAUUCUUCAAAUCGCUCGGAAUGGACGAAAGGUCUCAAGAGCUGAAAUAUCUGGAGUUGUGUCAAUUGAAGGAUCCACUCUAUGCUUUUUUCCGUGAAUGCAUCACUGAUUGCUUGUAAGUCUAUUACCUCAUCCUAUCAUUUAAAAAAACAUGUUCUUCAGAAAUGAGAUCCGUGAAAUGCCGUUCUGCAUUAAAACUGGAACAAUUGUGGGUCCGUUGCGAGGACGGAUGCCCGAGGCGACAUAUGUGACGUGGAAGGAUUACGAGGUGCUGCUCAGGAAAGAGCAAGACGUUCCAUCGGAGUUGAACACAAGAAAACGACACAAAUUUGAGUAAGUGACCAAUGCUUGAAAAUUUGAAAUCGUUCAUUUUCCAGACAAAAAUUAUGCGACGUGGUACCUCGUCGCUGA